CGGUGCACGCCAGUCUUGCCAGUUGACUCGAUGCCCGCUGUUCCGCCAGUUGGACUCGGUUGCCGCAGUCUUGCCAGACGACUCGAGAUCGGAGCCCGCCAGUCUUGCCAGAUGACUCGGUGCCCACUGUCGUGCCUGGUGACUCGGUGCCCGCCGACUGCUUCGUCUGGGGGCCCGAGACCUGUUGCUUCGCUCCACCUGGGGGCCCGAGACCUGUCGCUCCACCUGGGGGUCCGGCGCCCGCCGCUCCGCCUGAGGGCCCGAGACCUGUCGCUCCGCCUGGGGGCCCGAGACCUGUCGCUCUCCACCUGGGGGUCCGGCGCC